AUGCACCUUACAGAAGCGGGUGCGCCGACGACGACUGAAUCCCUACGCAAGGGGAUCAAAAGGGCAAAAUCUGCGAGCAGUGCGACCAUCUCGUCGGCACCAGUUUACUUUUCUGCUUCUUGCACACAGCGGCUAAGUGUAUGCGUUCAAAGAAACGUUGCGGCGCACUUGUUGCAAAUCGAGUUGCGGUAUAUUGUAAGGCCGAGGGAAAUGUCCGCGAUGCAGUGUUUCGAAGAUCGCGGUGUUGGACUGGAGCUAGUUCUCAUCGCGCAUCGUAGUACUGCAUCGUGCGUCACCUCGCUGUCCGCGCGUACAUGCAUCACAGAAUGUGUCCAACGUAAUGUAUAUCUGCGUCCUACGAUAGCUAGAGCCUCAAUUGACCGCCGUUUCGGAGAUCCACAGGAGAUGCUCCUUACACGAUUGAAGGGUGGCUUAGCUGUGAGCCUUCGGCGAUCAAACACGGCGGAAACCGAAGGACGCGGUUGGCUCACGGCCUGUCGACGACCGAAGCUUGACUCGUGGAGGAAUUCCUAUCUUGUCGAUAAGUUCGUAACUUUGUACCCCACGCUUUGUAAAGGUUUGGAAGGUCAACAGAGAUGUUGCAUUGACCAGCGGAAGCAUCGAUGCGGUACCGCAACCAUCCCGGUUCCGCAACCGAGCACAAUGGCGUUUUGGGAAUGGCAUGAAUCGCGCACAGGCCGAUUCGAUCGGAAUGACUCCCGUCGCGGUGGUAUUUUCCUCUGA